AACCCACACCUUUUUCUCUCUCUCUCUCUCUCACAAACACCACAAUUUCACUCCCAAGAAACAAAACAAAACCAUGGUGGUUCCAGCUAACGGUGGUGAUGAGAAGCCCUACGAAAUCCCCUUCUUCGACUUCGGCGCCGCCGGGGAAGAAGAGAUCACCACCGCCGACGGCGGGGCGCGGUGGAGGGAUCUGUGCGACAAGGUUCGGCAGGCGUGCGAGACACAUGGCUGCUUCUGCUUCACGACGGAGAAGGUCCCCGCCAAGCUGAGGGAAGGGAUGGCGGAAGGGCUCCGCCAUCUGUUCGACCUCCCCGUGGAGACCAAGGAGAGGCACGUCAACCCUAAGCCGUACCGGAGCUACCUGGGCAAGAAAGACGCCGUCCCUUACCUCGAGAGCUUCGGCAUCGACGACCAUGCUCCCGACGUUAACGAUGACGCGCUCCAGGCUUUUACUGCCGUCAUGUGGCCCCAAGGCAACCCUUCUUUCCGCGAAUCAGCGAGCGAGAUGAGGGGCAAGAUGGUGGACAUGAACCUCCUCAUCAUGAAAAUGCUACUCGCCAACUACGGCCUCGUUACUACCCUAUCCCCCACCAGCUACUUCCGACUCAUGAAGUACAACGUCCCUCCCGCCGCCGCCGGGAUCGGGAUGGUGGCCCACACCGACAAGAGCACCGUCACCAUCCUGGGCCAGAACGACGUCCAGGGCCUCGAGGUCCAGCCCAAACACGACGACAGCUGGGCCCCCGUAAUCAUCCCCGAGGGCGCGUUCGUGGCCAUCGUUGGGGACGCGCUCGAGGCCUGGAGCAACGGGCGGGUCCACUCGGUUCGGCACCGGGUGGUGCUCCGAGGGGAGAAGGAGCGCUACUCGUGGGGCAGUUUCUUGAUGCCCAAGGAUGACGCCACCAUCGAGGCGCCGGCGGAGUUGGUGGACAAAGACCACCCGCUGCUGUACCGCCCAUUCGCCUACGCCGACUUCCUCCUCUAUUGCUCCGUCUCCAGGUUGAAGGAAGAUGCGCUCAAGGUUUUCGCUGGCUUGUCCACGUCGCCCGUCGAUGAUGGGGAACGCGUCUAUACUGCCUUGCUGUAA